AUGGAGGGCGCUCUAGUUCAGUCUGCGAUUGUUCCAACCGUUUACAGAAGCAGCUCAGGUCGGCUCCGCGCGCGUGCAAGGGCCAGAACAAAUGCUACAAUGGUGCGCAAUAUGCCAACAAGGACUCUUACUCUUGGUGGCUUCCAAGGGCUGCGCCAGACAAACUUUUUGGACACGAGGUCCGUGAUCAAGCGUGACUUCGGAUCGAUCGUGGCAAGUCAGAUUGCGAGGCCGCGUGGGUCGGCCUCAAGAGGGGUUGUUCGUGCCAUGUUUGAACGCUUCACUGAGAAGGCAAUCAAGGUGAUUAUGCUGGCGCAGGAGGAGGCAAGGCGCCUGGGACACAACUUUGUUGGGACAGAGCAGAUUUUGCUGGGGCUUAUUGGUGAGGGCACGGGAAUUGCUGCGAAGGUUCUGAAGUCUAUGGGAAUCAAUCUUAAGGAUGCCCGAGUUGAAGUCGAGAAGAUAAUUGGACGUGGCAGCGGGUUUGUGGCUGUUGAAAUCCCAUUCACUCCUCGUGCAAAACGUGUAUUGGAAUUGUCCCUUGAAGAAGCUCGUCAGCUUGGGCAUAACUAUAUAGGAUCUGAACACUUACUCCUUGGGCUACUUCGUGAGGGUGAAGGUGUUGCUGCUCGUGUGCUCGAAAGCCUUGGUGCUGAUCCAAACAACAUCCGUACCCAGGUGAUCAGAAUGGUUGGGGAAAGCACAGAAGCCGUUGGGGCUGGAGUUGGUGGAGGAAGCAGUGGCCAGAAGAUGCCCACACUUGAAGAAUACGGUACUAAUUUGACGAAAUUAGCAGAGGAGGGAAAAUUGGACCCAGUUGUUGGUAGACAGGACCAGAUUGAGCGUGUUACUCAGAUUUUGGGCAGGCGGACAAAGAACAACCCCUGCCUAAUUGGAGAGCCUGGUGUCGGCAAGACUGCUAUUGCUGAGGGGCUUGCUCAACGUAUAGCCAAUGGGGAUGUUCCUGAAACAAUUGAAGGAAAGAAGGUUAUUACGCUUGACAUGGGGCUCCUUGUUGCUGGAACCAAAUACCGUGGAGAGUUUGAAGAGAGACUAAAGAAACUUAUGGAGGAAAUUAAGCAAAAUGAAGACAUUAUUCUCUUUAUUGAUGAAGUACACACACUGAUCGGAGCAGGUGCAGCAGAAGGUGCAAUUGAUGCUGCUAAUAUUUUGAAGCCAGCUCUUGCAAGAGGUGAACUACAGUGCAUUGGUGCCACAACGCUGGAUGAGUAUAGGAAGCAUAUAGAGAAAGAUCCUGCCUUGGAAAGAAGGUUUCAACCAGUUAAGGUUCCUGAGCCUACUGUCGAUGAAACAAUACUGAUCUUAAGAGGACUUCGUGAGAGAUAUGAACUCCAUCACAAACUGCGAUACACAGAUGAUGCUUUAAUUGCUGCUGCACGACUGUCUUAUCAGUAUAUCAGUGACCGUUUCCUGCCUGACAAGGCCAUUGACUUGAUUGAUGAGGCUGGAUCCCGUGUGAGGCUGAGGCAUGCCCAGCUCCCUGAUGAAGCCAAAGAGCUGGACAAAGAGCUGCGGCAGAUAACCAAGCAGAAGAACGAGGCUGUACGCGGCCAAGAUUUUGAGAAGGCUGGCGAAUUAAGGGACCGAGAAAUGGAGCUGAAGGCUCAAAUUACGGCCAUUAUUGACAAGAGCAAGGAAAUGAUUAAAGCGGAGACUGAAUCUGGUGAAGUCGGUCCUCUUGUUACUGAGGCGGACAUUCAACAUAUUGUCUCCUCUUGGACUGGAAUUCCUGUGGAGAAAGUGUCAUCUGACGAGUCUGACCGUCUCCUAAAGAUGGAAGAGACACUGCAUACACGUAUCAUUGGCCAGGAUGAGGCUGUCAAAGCUAUUAGCCGUGCUAUCCGCCGUGCUCGUGUUGGCCUCAAGAAUCCAAAUAGGCCAAUCGCCAGCUUCAUAUUCUCUGGACCGACUGGAGUUGGCAAAUCAGAGCUAGCAAAGGCUCUGGCAGCCUACUACUUUGGCUCGGAGGAGGCUAUGAUCAGGCUUGACAUGAGCGAGUUCAUGGAGAGACAUACUGUGUCCAAACUCAUUGGAUCACCUCCUGGUUAUGUUGGGUACACUGAGGGAGGCCAACUAACUGAAGCAGUCCGUCGCCGCCCUUACACGGUUGUUCUCUUUGAUGAGAUCGAGAAGGCACAUCCUGAUGUUUUCAACAUGAUGCUUCAGAUCUUAGAAGAUGGGCGGUUAACUGAUAGCAAGGGGCGCACAGUUGAUUUCAAAAACACACUAUUGAUCAUGACAUCUAAUGUUGGAAGCAGUGUGAUUGAGAAGGGAGGUCGCAAGAUUGGGUUCGACCUUGACUAUGAUGAGAAAGACACCAGCUAUAACAGGAUCAAGAGCCUGGUGACCGAGGAGUUGAAGCAGUAUUUCCGGCCAGAGUUCUUGAACAGAUUGGAUGAGAUGAUUGUAUUCCGGCAGCUGACUAAAUUGGAGGUAAAAGAGAUUGCUGACAUUAUGCUGAAAGAAGUGUUUGACAGGCUGAAGGCCAAGGACAUUAAUCUCCAGGUCACAGAGAAGUUCCGGGAUAGAGUUGUUGACGAAGGUUAUAACCCGAGCUAUGGUGCCAGACCUUUGCGGCGUGCUAUCAUGAGGCUUCUGGAGGAUAGUCUGGCAGAGAAGAUGCUGGCUGGUGAGGUUAAAGAAGGUGACUCUGCCAUCGUUGAUGUGGAUUCAGAUGGCAAGGUAAUAGUCCUGAACGGUGGUAGCGGUGUUGCUGAGCCACUGGAACCUGCUCUCAGUACCUAA